UUUCGUCCGUGUUUCCAUCUUCAAGAAGCUGUGCUUUCUUCUAAACAAGGGUUUAUUCUAGGUCUCCAUUUGAUUUAAAGUUAUCAUUUUUCCAUAGUCUAGACGAAUCAAAGAAAUGGGUUUCCAACCUUAUGGGAUUCAGUCGAUGCUUAAGGAAGGCCACAAACAUCUCUCUGGACUUGACGAAGCAGUUCUCAAGAAUAUCGAUGCCUGCAAGCAGCUUUCCACCAUCACCAGAACUUCACUCGGCCCAAAUGGCAUGAACAAGAUGGUUAUCAACCAUCUAGACAAGCUUUUUGUUACUAAUGAUGCGGCUACCAUUGUAAGUGAGCUUGAGGUUCAGCAUCCUGCUGCCAAGCUUUUAGUUUUAGCAGGUAAGGCUCAACAAGAGGAAAUAGGAGAUGGUGCAAACCUCACAGUUUCGUUUGCGGGAGAGCUGCUUCAAGGUGCAGAAGAGCUAAUUAGGAUGGGACUGCAUCCAAGUGAGAUCAUUACUGGGUAUACAAAGGCCAUUGCCAAGACUAUUGAAAUCUUGGAUGAGCUGGUUGAGAAGGGAUCUGAAGUUAUGGAUGUGAGGAGUAAGGAUGAAGUUAUUAGAAGAAUGAAAGCGGCUGUUGCAAGCAAGCAAUAUGGACAAGAGGAUGUCUUAUGUUCUUUAAUUGCUGAUGCAUGUAUACAAGUCUGUCCCCAAAAUCCUGCCAACUUUAUUGUGGAUAAUGUCCGCGUGGCAAAACUGUUGGGUGGAGGGUUGAACAAUUCGACUAUUGUUCGUGGUAUGAUUUUGAAGAAUGAUUCUGUUGGAACUAUAAAGAAAGUGGAAAAGGCAAAGGUUGCUGUUUUUGUUAGUGGUGUUGAUACAUCUGCAACUGAAACCAAAGGAACAGUUCUUAUUCAUAGUGCAGAGCAGCUAGAAAAUUAUGCAAAAACAGAGGAAGCUAAAGUUGAGGAGUUAAUCAAAGGUGUUGCUGAGGCAGGCGCUAAAGUUAUUGUUAGUGGGGCGGCAGUUGGAGAGAUGGCCCUUCACUUUUGUGAGCGCUACAAGCUUAUGGUAUUGAAAAUCAGCUCCAAAUUUGAACUAAGACGAUUUUGUCGAACUACUGGUGCUGUUGCUAUGUUGAAGCUUGGUCUGCCAAAUCCAGAUGACCUUGGUUAUGUGGAUUCUGUAUCAGUGGAGGAAAUUGGUGGAGCUAGGGUUUCCAUAAUUAGGAAUGAAGAAGGUGGGAACUCUGUUUCAACUGUGGUUUUACGUGGAAGUACUGAUAGCAUAUUGGAUGAUCUGGAAAGAGCGGUUGAUGAUGGUGUCAAUACGUACAAGGCAAUGUGCAGGAACAGCCGUAUGGUACCUGGAGCUGCAGCUACAGAAAUUGAAUUAGCUAGAAGAUUAAAAGAGUUCUCAUUCAAAGAGAUAGGACUUGAUCAAUAUGCUAUUGCAAAAUUUGCUGAGUGCUUUGAGAUGGUUCCUAAAAUUUUGGCUGAUAAUGCUGGUCUGAAUGCAAUGGAAAUUAUUUCCUCCUUGUAUGCUGAGCAUGCAUCUGGAAACACUAAUGUUGGUAUUGACCUAGAGGAAGGUGUAUGCAAGGACAUCUCUACAUUGAAUAUUUGGGACCUCUAUGUGACCAAGUUAUUUGCUCUAAAAUACGCUUCAGAUGCUGCUUGCACGGUUCUACGAGUAGAUCAGAUUAUAAUGGCUAAACCUGCUGGUGGCCCUAGGAGAGGAGACCAACCCGCUGGGAUGGAUGAGGAUUGAUUCCUUAUAACUAUUCUGAAUCAUCUAAAUGCAUGUUUGGUUUUCUUCUUAUUAUGAGCAUUAAUUUUGUUUAUCAUGUAGUAGUUUUGAAGAGGGUUCUUUCUUUGUGUUCACUUUUGGUUUGUGUUGCUUCUCCAACUGAGGAAGACUAUUAUUUAUGUUUUGUAAGCCAUGCUUAUAGGGUUUUUUCAAUUAUGACUACUUUUAAUCUUUUUU